AUGCUGUCUAAAAUCUCAGCCUUUCUCGAUGGCUACUCCUUGGUCCACUACAACCCUUCCACGGACCGUCUCAUUGUUGGAAAUAGCGAGGGCUUGAUCAAGGUGUUUGACCCAUCUCAACCAAACUCUGAGCCAGUGUCUAUCGAUGUUCCAGAACACUUAACAUCCAUGUCAUCCAUGGGUGACCGUCUUCUCAUCACCAAUACCGAGGGUCAGUUGGCACUCUUGCUGGUGGGAAGCUCUCCUUCAGGCGAGGAGCGCUUCGAAAUCGUUUACCAGGCUGAUCUUCCUCUUCGAGACUCGGUAUUUAUUAACGAGGGAAACAGAAUCGCAUGCGGAGGAGACGACAAUAAUUUGGUGAUUACUGACCGUCUCAAUUCUGGUGCAGUAACCGUGCCUUUGUCGGAUCAGAUCGUCAAUUUGUCCUACAAUGCUGCUGGGGAGCUAUUGACCGUGGCUCUAGCCAAUGGAGAGGUGCACAUGUUCUCGGUGGUCAACGAGCAGCCAGCCCUUGUGGAGAAAAUCCUGAAUGAGUUGUACCUGAAGGUCCAUACCUCUGUAGACACAAUCGACUAUACGGGCGAACACGCACACGAGCUCAUCUCAACCACACCAAUCUGGUCCUCGAACGGAGAGACCCUCUAUGUACCCACGCGUACUAAUAGUGUGAAGGCAUUUUCCAGGUUGGAAUGGUCCGUGUUGGCGGAAUUCAAGCCGGACAAGGACAUCGUGGUUGCUUUCACGAUUUCUCCUUCCAAUAAGUCAAUUGCUACUCUUCACAAAAAUGGGGCCAUUGUGAUUUCGAGCGUGGAAUCCGGCGAGGUGGUGACAACUACAAAAGCUGACCGAUUGGAACAAGGAAAUCUACCCACCAGUUUGGCCUGGAUCAGAAACACAUUAUAUGUUGGCUCCACCAAUGGAGAGUUCUAUACGUUGCCUGUCACUGUAGAUGAGUCGAGUCUGUCAACUUCCACCAGGUCAGAUGUCGAUAGUCUCUUCUUGGACGAGGCUGACGAGUCUGACACCGAGGAACAGGAAGAAGACGGCGAUAAUGUCGAAGUCCAAAAAAGUUCGAAGAGAGUCGGACUAGACGACUCCAUGAUCAUUGACGAGGACGACGAAGACGACGAGAAUGAUUUUGCAUACUACAACAAGAGUGUCAAUGAGUACUUGCCGUCGAAAAGAAAGCGUCAAAGAACACUGGAAUCUCCAGCUCCAACUAACAGUGCACCUUCGCAUGGGAUCGUUCCAUAUUCGCCUGGAUCAACUCCUUGGGUGAAAUCGUUGAAUUCGUCUUCAAGUAAAACUCAAAGAAAAUACCUUUUCAUGAACUCCAAUGGAUAUGUCUGGUCUGUGAAGAGUAACUCUGGUGACUCUGCUGAUGAUCAAAAGAGUUUUACCAUUUCGUUCUUUGACAGAACUAUCAAUAAAGAUUACCACUUUAUUGACGUCAGUGAUUUUGAUUUAUGUUCCAUGAAUGAGAGAGGUGUGGCCCUUGCGUGCUCGGGAUAUCGCCUGGAACUGAAUCCUAAUAGUGGUAAAAUAUUCUACAGACAUCACAAUGAUACUAAAGACUCAUGGGACAGAAUGGUUCCCUUAAUUAAUGGAGAGUAUAUCACGUCUGUCUGUAUUACCAGUACCGUGCAAGGAAACUCAGGAGACUCUAUCAUUGUGGUGGGUACUAACUUUGGCUACUUGCGAUUCUUCAACCUUUAUGGCCUCUGUGUGAAUAUAAUGAAGACAUCUCCAGUGGUGACUUUGAUCUCUUCUGAGAUCUCCACGGUGUUUGUCAUCCAUCAAGUGUCGCCAAACAACUAUACCUACUCCAUAAUUAACAUGAACGAAGACUACAAAUUUCUUCAGCAAGACAACUCAUUGCCUUUGCAACAACCGCGUGGGAACGAGCCCAUCAUUAAAGGUCUCUUCUUCAAUAACUUUUCAGACCCAUGCCUUGUUGCUGGUUAUGACGAUUCCUUAUCUAUAUUAUCACACUGGAGGGAGGAGAACAAUGCAAGAUGGGUUCCAGUUCUCAACUGCAAACAGUCAGUGACCGAUUUCGGACUCAGUGAUUCCAAGUCAAACUGGAAGUCAUGGCCCUUGGGAUGUGUAGACGACAAGUUUGUGUGCUUGAUCUUGAAGAACAAUGACUCAUAUCCUGGAUUCCCACUUCCAUUACCUAUCGAGCUUGAUAUCAAGCUUCCCACAAAGUGCUUCAAGUACCUAAAGACUAUCAGUGAGGAUGGAGAUCGGCCCGAAGAAAUUGCCAAUAAGCUCAAAGAUGCUAAACAAGAUGACCCUGAGGAAGAGUUCUUAAGAGCUUCCACGUUUGGUAAAUUACUCCACUCUUCGUUGGCCGAAGCCGAGGACGAAGAAGAGCGCAUGGAUCAACUAAACGCAUACAGUGUUGCCUUUGACAAGUCGCUUCUUAAGCUUUUCAGCACUGCUUGUCAAGAUUCGCGUCUCAACAAAGCAUACAGUGUGGUUAAGCUCAUGAAGACGGAUCGUGCCCUUCUCUCCGCGUCGAAAAUUGCCGAGAGAUUGGAGUUCGUCAAUCUUGCCAGCAAAAUUAACCAGCUCCGUGAAGACUUGCUCGAGUUUGGCAACGAGGAGGAAUAA